UGUGUUUUUUGUUUUUUUUUUUAUCAGAAUUAUUCUUUUGUGUUUACACCAUCCAAAUCCACAUCAAAUCCCAGUCAAGAUCCAGUGCAGACCCAAUGAAAAAAAUACACCCAGAAAAAACACAAAUAAAAUAUACCAUUGAUUCAUGAUCCUCCUCACGUCCCACCCACAUUAACCAUUCCUUCAAUCCAACUCCACCCAAAACCCAGGUCAAAAAUCUUCCCCAAAAUUUUCCCUCUAAUUUCCCUCCCACCAAACACUUCCGUACCCGCAUUUGGUUUCUUUAAUCACAUGAGUACAACUCUCAAAGAAAACAAAAAGAAUCCCAAUAGCCAUGACAGAGGUCCUACACUCCUCCCCAUCCUCUUCCCCUUCUUCUUCCUCCUUAUCCUGCGCACCCUCAUCCACGCCCCACCGCAACGACGCCUUGUUUGAGGGUGAGUCUAGGGUUACGGGCGGUGAACAUGAUGAAGCGAAGGAGAGAGAAGACAAGGAUAGAGAUUCACUGUCCCUUUUGGCACUUUUGUUGACCCUUUUCAGGAAAUCCUUCUGGGUUGCUGCUUGCAAGGCUGAUAGGGAAGAGCUUUGUGCUGGGAUGGAGAUCGGGUGGCCGACUAAUGUGCGCCAUGUAGCGCACGUCACGUUUGAUAGGUUCAAUGGGUUCUUGGGCUUGCCUGUUGAGUUUGAGCCGGAAGUGCCUAGGCGGGCUCCUAGUGCCAGUACCACUGUUUUUGGAGUUUCCACAGAAUCCAUGCAGCUAUCAUAUGACUCCAGAGGGAACAGUGUGCCAACAAUACUCCUGCUAAUGCAAAGACGUUUGUAUGCCCAAGGAGGCCUACAGGCAGAAGGUAUUUUCAGAAUAAAUGGGGAAAACAGCCAGGAGGAGUAUGUCAGGGAUCAAUUGAAUAGGGGAAUCGUUCCACAAGGCAUUGAUGUACAUUGCUUAGCGGGUCUUAUCAAGGCUUGGUUUAGAGAACUCCCAACUGGAGUAUUGGAUUCUCUGUCACCUGAGCAAAUAAUGCAGUGCCAGUCUGAGGAAGAUUGUACUGCACUUGUGAGGCUCCUACCUCCAACAGAAGCUGCUCUACUGGAUUGGGCAAUCAACCUGAUGGGUGAUGUUGUUCAACAGGAACAUUUAAACAAGAUGAAUGCACACAACAUUGCAAUGGUUUUUGCACCAAACAUGACUCAGAUGGCAGAUCCAUUGACAGCAUUAAUGCAUGCGGUCCAAGUGAUGAACUUCCUCAAGAGACUUAUUGUGAAGAUUCUACGUGAAAGAGAGGAUUCUGUGAUAGAACCGGCUCCUAGUUCUCUCCUGGAGCCUUCUGAUAAGAAUGGUCGCGAAAGCCCUUCACAGCCUCCUCGUCUGGAAGUCGCUGCCCACGAAAAUGACGAGAUCGACCCUCACUUCAUUUCUGAAGAACCCAUUACUGAAAGCGCUUCAGACUCUAAUGAGCUUGAUAACAUCGCAACUGAUGGAGGAGAGCCAUGCAGUAGCGAUUCAACAUCUAUUGAAGGAUCCUAUGAAGGAAGUUAUAAUAGUCCUGAUGAGUACAACACUGACAUAGAUGCGGAAGUGGUUAAUAAUUGUUUAAAAUCUGGGGUACAAGAAGAGAAGGGCCUUGGAGAAAAAAUUGGCCAAUCUAGUGUUUCGAAUCUGACAAAGAAGUGUCCUGGAAUUGAGCAACAACCAGCGGUACUUCAGGUGGUGAUGGGACAUGUGGAGAAGAGCAAGGAGAUGAGCAAUUUGAGUCGUAUAAAUUCAAGAACAGAGAGGAUUGAAGCUUGGCGGUGAAGAAAAGGCCGACAGUGGUCCACAACUAGGUGAUGGUGACGACAAUUUGGAUUUGGAAUGUGGGGGGAUUGUGAAUUGUGAGUUGUUUGUUCUUUCUAUGUUGCUGGUUGGUUUUCUUAUCCUAUUGCGGGAUCAGGUAUGAGUGGUUUUGCACACUAACAAUUUGCUUUUGGAAACUACAACUAUGCAGAGGAUUUCAUGUGGUCUCAAUUUGUGCAUGUAUGAAAUGUCAUCUCCCUUUUUCUUUUU